AGAGCCUUCUGGCCCUAUUUUGGACAUUGUCAAGUGUUCUCUCCAAGCUCACUCUUUUCCCCUACAAUAUAUGCUAACCAGUCAAUCUCAAAUGGCCACGAAACCACAAAUAAACUUGAAGCUAUUCAACCAAAAAAAUGCAAUAAUAAACUUGAAGCUACUCGUGAACAAGGCAGGGAAGGUGCUGUUUGCAGAGGCCGGAAAGGACUUUGUGGACUUCUUGUUUGGACUACUUGAGGUGCCCCUUGGCUCCACUAUGGCCCUUUUAAUUGAGCGCGGCAAGACUACUUUCGGAUCCUUAGGCAGUGUCUACCGGAGUGCCAGAGGCUUUGACAACAGCUAUCUGCUACCAAACCACAAAAAUAAGGACUUCCUCUCGAGGCCCACGGCAGCCUCUUCAAGCACCGUUCAGACCCCUACAUUAUAUGGUCGUAGUCCUUUUGAUAGAACCGCUCCUGUUUUAUUUGCUUGUAGUGGUUCUUCUUCAUUUGGUUUUCCAAACACUCCUGCCAAGCCAGAUCAGUUGGAUGGGUAUGUUAAAGAUGUGGUGACAUACAUGGUGAUGGAUGAUCUGGUGGUCAAACCCAUGUCCACAAUAUCUAGCAUCACUCUUCUCAACACUUCUGAGGUUAAAGAUGUUGGUUGUCUUCAAGAAAUGACAGUAGAGGUUGACAUGGAAAAGGGUUUGGAGAUCGUGCAGGCCUCCUUUUAUUCCAACACAGUCCUUUCAGAUGUUUUCCUCCCCUGAGAGAAUCAGUACUCAACUUCAAGCCAAGGCCCCUACUUGUAAUUUAGGGUUUGUUUCAACUUAUUUAGUAUGUUAAUUAAUGGGAUUGCAAUCAAAAUUUAAUUUCACAAGUCAAGUAGGAAAAGGGCAUUGUUAGUUCCCUUUUUAAGCAUAAAAGUAUUUUUGACAGCUUGUUUCUGGCUUAGAGGUUGUUACUACUCUUCUUGUUAAUUUGGUUAUCGGUUGUUACUUUUAUGCAAAACUACUGCUUCUAUUCU